AUGUUCCAUCUCUUCUCAUCCGAGGUAGCGGCAUUUGCUUCGAUGAUGCUCUUUCUACUUGUGUAUGGCGCCUUCUACUACUUGAACAUUGCCUGGGCUCGCAAUCCGAAUGCUGCCGACGUGCUCGUGCUCACCUGUAGCUGCAUCUUCGCCUCUCGAGCGAUCGCCAAGGGUAAGGUGUGCCAGUGGCCCUCCGAUGUGGACUUUACGGGCCGCGUAGCGCUCGUCGUUGGGGCCACCUCCGGCGUCGGCUACAGCACGGCAAUGCAGCUUGCAGAGCACGGAUGGACCGUUGUGCUCGCCGCGCGCAACACGGAUCGACUCCUUUUUUCCAAAAAGGCUAUUGAGCGUCACUUGCAGAAGUGCAGCGCGAAGGGUUCGGUGAAGGUGCUCGGCACCGUUGACCUGCGCUCGGAUGCGUCUAUCCGCGCCUAUGUAAAGGAGCUGGCGGCGAUAAAGGCGCACCUGCCGGUGGGCCUCCUCAUCAUGGCGGCUGGCGCGCUGCAUCGACAUCUGCACUUUGUCGGUGAGGUGGAGGAGUUGAAGACAGGCAGUGAAUCCGUCGCGACAUCGUCCAGGGCGUGGCGCUCGAUGGAGUGCAUGAUCGCCGCGAACGCAGUGGGCCCGUAUUUAUUCACUCAGCUGAUGCUCCCUUUGUUGGAUGAGACGGCAGAAAAGACGUCGGUCACGUCUCGCAUCGUGAACGUGGCGUCGAGCUGCCACACCUUCCUCGGCCCUGGGCGUCAAGCUCGCUACAACCCGCUCGAGAUGAUCCGCGGACUCGAUGAGCGGGCCGCCGAAGCGCUGCCCGGAGGCGACUGUCGUGAGGCGAAAGAGGGCAAAGCUGUGCGUGGCCCGUACUAUAUUCGCGACUACAGCUGGGCCAAUUUUGUUGGUUACUAUGGCCUUUCCAAGCUCUGUGUAAUGUGGAACACGCGACUCCUGGCGCGGCAGGUCUCGAUGAUGUGCUUCAUCCAAAAGACUGCGGCGAAGACGCCUGCGCCGCACAAACCCGCAGCGAAGUGCACCACCGCAGACUCCGCCCAGAACGUCACUGCAACCCCAGAGACAGACCGACAGGACCAACUCAAGAUUUUCGUCGCCUGCACUCACCCCGGGAUCAUCACCACCUACCUGUACCGUGAUAUUUUCGCGCCGUGGGUGCUCGACUACUUCUUCUACUACCCUUCCCUGGUCUUCGGCAAGACAUGGUUCGAGUCUGCGCAGUCGACUCUCAAGGCAGCGGUGGAGGACACGGGUAUGGUACAGGGAGGCUACUACCUCUGCAGCGGGGAGUACGGCCCGGACAGUGGUGUCAACUGCGUCUCGGUGCACGCCCAGAGUCCGACAAACAUAGAAGAAUAUCAAAAGUGGAUGAUGGCACGAGUCACACCGGCGCUGAAGGCGGCGGGUGAGGUGCCUGCGAAGAAGCAAGGCGAAGCGGCUCCGCAAUGA